AUGACUAGUUGGCCAUUGUAUCGGUUGAUUGUUUUCAAUCUGCUGGAAAUCAAUUUGAGCAAUCUCAUGGUAUUUCACUGCUGGUCCAUAAAGGAGGCUUUUCCUUUGGUUGAGAUGCUGAAUCAGAACGGCAUUUUUUCGCAGUACAUUGACCUGCAAAACCCUGAUAACUUGGCCAACGUGCACAAGGAAUACUUGGACAGCGAUUUAGUCAGGUUGGGAGUUUUUCUGGAUUUGGGUUGCGACAAAGCCGAAUUAGUAACAAAUCAAUCCAGUCGAGCUCGCCUUUAUAAUCAAAAUUUGCACUGGCUUCUUUACGAUGAGGCAGGUAACUUUACCAAGCUAGUACAACUAUUUGAGGUGGCCAAUUUAAGCCUCAAUGCGGACGUGACUUAUGUCAGCCGUCAGGAUGAGGAGCGAUUUAUCCUGCAUGAUGUCUAUAAUAAGGGAAGUCAUUUGGGAGGUAAGCUCAAUAUUACCGUGGACCGGACUCUGCAGUGCAAUCGAAGUCACUGCCAGGUGAAGGAGUAUCUAAGUGAACUGCAUUUGAGACCCAGACUGCAGCACCGAAUGGAUUUAUCUAGCGUUACUUUUCGAUUGGCCGCAUUGGUUUCUGUGCUGCCAAUUAAUUCCAGCGAGGAGGAACUUCUCGAGUUCCUUAAUAGCGACCGCGACUCUCACAUGGACUCAAUUUCUCGCAUUGGCAAUCGUCUUAUCAUGCACACUCAGGAAAUUCUAGGUUUUAAACUUCAUUACAUUUGGUGUGGAACCUGGAGCGUUCAGGAUGCUUUUGGCGGAGCUAUUGGGAUGUUGACCAACGAAUCCGCUGAGCUCUGCACUACCCCGUUUGUGCCCUCCUGGAAUCGCCUGCAUUACGUACAUCCCAUGACGGAGCAGGCCCAAUUCCGGGCUGUCUGCAUGUUUCGUACUCCACACAAUGCCGGAAUCAAAGCUGCCGUCUUUCUGGAGCCCUUCAUGCCGAGCGUUUGGUUCGCCUUCGCCGGACUCCUGAUCUUCGCCGGAGUGUUGCUAUGGAUGAUCUUUCACCUGGAGCGGCAUUGGAUGCAACGGUGUCUAGACUUCAUCCCGUCUCUGCUCAGUAGUUGCCUGAUUAGCUUCGGAGCAGCUUGUAUUCAGGGAUCCUAUUUGAUGCCCAAGUCAGCGGGAGGAAGAUUGGCCUUUAUCGCCGUGAUGCUGACCUCGUUCCUCAUGUAUAAUUACUAUACAUCCAUAGUGGUGUCCACUCUGCUGGGAUCUCCAGUACGUUCUAAUAUCCGGACUAUUCAGCAGUUGGCCGACAGCUCCUUGGAUGUGGGAUUCGAUACGGUUCCGUUUACCAAGACAUAUCUUGUGUCUUCUCCGCGCCCAGAUAUUCGCAGUCUUUACAAACAAAAGGUGGAAAGCAAGCGGGAUCCUAAUAGCGUGUGGCUUUCUCCGGAGGAGGGAGUGAUCCGGGUGAGGGAUCAGCCGGGAUUCGUGUACACAUCGGAGGCCUCGUUCAUGUAUCACUUUGUGGAGAAGCACUAUCUUCCGCGCGAGAUCUCCGAUCUGAACGAGAUUAUCCUGAGGCCCGAGAGUGCCGUAUACGGAAUGGUUCACCUGAACUCCACCUACAGACAGCUACUCACCCAACUGCAGGUGCGAAUGCUGGAGACCGGAAUCACCUCGAAGCAGAGCCGGUUCUUUAGCAAGACCAAGUUGCACACGUUCUCGAACAGUUUUGUGAUCCAAGUGGGUAUGGAAUAUGCAGCUCCCUUGUUCAUAUCCCUCCUGGUGGCCUAUUUCCUGGCCCUUCUGAUCCUGAUCCUGGAAAUCUGCUGGGCCCGUUAUGCAAGGAAGAAAUUUAGCACUAUUAUCCCCCAAAAUCAGUAAAUGGAAAACUUAUAAUAGACUUGGUGAGUG